AAUGUGUAGUGCUAUAAUUAGUGUUACCUCUGGAGCCUGGUUGGCCCUCGUAGAGAGCAUCAGAGUCAGUUUGGAUCCUCUGUCAGCUCGUCCAUGAGUCACAGCUGGAGACACUGAAGCUGUCAGAUCCAAGAUGAGGCUGCUUCCAGCUGCUGUUACUGUGUCACUAACGGUGGCCGUCGCUUAUUUCAUCUACAUCCCGCUGCCUGAUGCCAUCCAGGAGCCCUGGAAGCUGAUGAUGCUGGAUGCUGGAUUCAGAGCAACGAUGCACCUGGCCUCUUUGAAGGCCUGGCUCGGCUUUGAUCAUUACAUCAAGACAAUCAGGGAUUCCACAGAGGGUUUCGACGGCAUGAUGGAGGGGCUGCGCAAUUCUGAGAACGACGGAGAGGUCUUUCCCGGAGUUAAAGUCAGCGACAUCACUUUCGCCGGCGUCCCGGUCCGUGUGUACGAGCCCCCGGCUGGAGGGGAAGGUCAUCUGAGGAGAGGGUUGAUGUUUUUCCACGGAGGAGGCUGGGCCCUCGGCAGUGGCAAGAAGGGGACGUAUGAUUCGAUCAACCAGAUGUUGUCCGACGAGCUCAACACUGUUGUGGUAUCCGUUGAGUAUCGCCUGUAUCCAGAGGUGCACUUUCCAGUGCCGUAUUUGGACUGUCUCGCUGCUGCCAAGCACUUCUUGUCCCCAGAGGUUCUGGCCAGGUAUGCCAUCGACCCCGAGCGUCUGGCUGUGGCAGGUGACAGUGCUGGAGGAAACCUGGCUGCUGCGGUCUCUCAGGAGAUUGCCAUAGAUGAAACUAUGAGUGUGAAAUUCAGCGUCCAGGCGUUGAUCUACCCAGUGCUCCAGGCUCUGGACUUCAACACGCCCUCCUACUUGCAGAAUGGAAAUAUCCCCAUCCUGUACCGGACCCUCAUGAUCCGCUUCUGGCUGCAGUACCUCAAUGCUGACCUCUCCCUGCUGCCCCAGCUGCUGGCUAACAACCACAGCGCCUUACACCACUCAAACAUCACCCCAGAGCUGAGGGCGCGGUUCGACUGGACCGCCCUCCUUUCGCCGAAACACAAGAAGAACUACAAGCCUGUGGUUGUGGAAAAAGGUUCCCAGGGGGCGGUGAAGGAGAUGUCCGGGCUGCUGGACGUGAGGGCGUCACCACUGUUAGCAGGACCAGAGGUUCUGGCUAAAUGCCCUCGAGCAUACAUCCUAACAUGCGAGAAUGACGUGUUGAGGGAUGACGGCCUGAUGUACGCGCGGCGCUUACAGGACGCAGGCGUCGCAGUUACCAGCGAGCACUAUGAGGAGGGCUUCCACGGAUGUUUCAGCUUCAUAUCUUGGCCGGUGGAAUUUGAUGUAGGGAAGAGAGCACUCAGGGGUUACCUCAACUGGCUGCAGAACAACUUGUAAGAGUGUGUAUGUGUAUGUGUGUGUGCAAGUGAGUGAAAGUGUCUUCAUGUGUGCAUGCAUGUGUGUGUUUGAUACAAAUGCACUAAUCUUUGCUUUAUGAAUCAUGGACUUGCUAAGGGCUAAUACAUCUGCUCUUUGUUUAAAAAUACAAGCUCAGGGACCUCAUGUUCCUGUAGAAUACACACACACACCACCUGGAUACAUAUGGAGGUUUGUUAGCACUGUAAUGUCUGUUGGCAGUGGAGAAGGGCAAAUAUGUUAACAUUAACACUGUGACCAGCUAACAAACAUACUUAACAGAUGCACAGCCACUAAUGGAUAAAUUAAUCAGCUGCUUCCACUGGGAGGAACCACAUCAGUACACCGAUUCUUACACAUGAGCAAGAGAUGUCACAUGUAAUUGGUUUUAUACCUAACUUUUAGAAUAAAACAAACAGAAGUUCAUGUUAGCAGUGGUUUAAACUGUCUGAAGCAAUUUAAAAAAAAACAAAACAGGAAUUAUGUUUUGUCCAUUUUGGUCCCGACUAAAAUAUCUUAAAAAGGUACAGUGUGUAGGAAGUGGC